AUGGAUUUCCUUCAUAGGAACGGAGUGCUCAUUAUUCAGCAUUUGCAGAAGGACUACCGAGCUUACUACAGUUUUCUAAAUUUUAUGUCCAAUGUUGGAGAUCCCCGGAAUAUCUUUUCUUUUUAUUUUCCACUUUGGUUUCAACUUAAUCAGGCAGUUGGAACCAAGAUGAUAUGGGUAGCAGUCGUUGGGGAUUGGUUCAAUCUUAUUUUUAAAUGGAUAUUAUUUGGUCAUCGGCCUUACUGGUGGGUCCAAGAAACUCAGAUUUACCCAAAUCACUCAAGUCCAUGCCUUGAACAGUUCCCCACUACGUGUGAAACAGGUCCAGGAAGUCCAUCUGGCCAUGCAAUGGGUUCAUCAUGUGUCUGGUAUGUCAUGGUGACAGCUGCCCUGAGCCACACCAUCCGUCAGAUGGAUAAGUCAUUCACCACUCUGCACAGACUGACCUGGUCAUUUCUUUGGAGUCUUUUUUGGUUGAUUCAAAUCAGUGUCUGCAUCUCCAGAGUAUUCAUAGCAACACAUUUUCCUCAUCAAGUUAUUCUUGGAGUAAUUGGUGGCAUGCUUGUGGCAGAGGCCUUUGAACACACUCCAAGGAUCCAAACGGCCAGCCUGAGCACAUACUUGAAGACCAACCUCUUCCUCUUCCUGUUUGCACUUGGCUUUUACCUGCUUCUCAGACUGCUUGACAUUGACCUGCUGUGGUCUGUGCCCAUAGCCAAGAAGUGGUGUGCCAACCCUGACUGGAUCCACAUUGACACCACACCUUUUGCUGGACUUGUGAGAAACCUUGGGGUCCUCUUUGGCUUGGGCUUUGCAAUCAACUCGGAGAUGUUCCUUAGGAGCUGCCGAGGGAAAAACGGCUACAGGCUGAGCUUCCGGCUGCUCUGCACCCUGGCCUCGUUGACCACACUGCAGCUCUACCAUUUCAUCAAGAUCCCGACUCACACGGAGUAUUUAUUUUAUGUGCUGUCUUUCUGUAAAAGUGCGUCCAUCCCACUGACUGUGGUUGCCCUGAUUCCCUACUGUAUUCAUAUGUUAAUGAAACCAAGUGAAAAAAAGAUUAAUUAG